CGAUGUUUCUCCAUGUUGCCCAGGCUGGUCUCAAACUACUGGGUGCAAGUGAUCUGCCCACCUUGGCCUCCCAAAGUGCUAAGAUUAUAGGUGUGAGCCACUAUGCUUGGCUAGUCAUUAUUUCUUUAAAUGAAAAGCAGCAAAAAGUAGUGAUUAAGUGUGAGUUUUGGUGCUAUCCUCCCUUGCCUAAAUUUCAUCGCUACCAAUUUUGUUUUGUGGAUGGAUUGUUUCACCUCUAUUUCAGUUUCUUCUGUAAAGUUGAAAUGAUAAACACUAGUUUCAAUGAUAGAAUUGUCAUAAAGCUUUAGUAAGUUUAUAUUGUAAGGUGCUUAUAGCUGUGUUUGCCAAAUAGCAAGUGCUUAAUAAAAUUUGCUACUCAUUUUCCGAAGAGGAAAAGAAAAGCUUUAUGUCAUUUUAUGCUAGGAAACUCUCAUUACGGAUUCUAUAUUGUUUUCAUUUUAUGUAAAGAUUGAAUUUUUGUUAUUCAUAGUGAGGCCAUAAUUACCAAAUUAAGCCGAGGUGUCUCUAACAUUUUAAAUGCCAUGUUCUACAUUAAAAGUAAUUUAAAAUGUGUGUUUCAAAGUUGAAAAUUGAAUUAAGACUUGGACAGUGGAAAAGUUUUAUGAAUUCAAAAGACAUUUAACCUGCUGAGUCCUCAGUAAUUUCCUGAAGGUGGUUUUGACUUUUUGUGUUGUCCAUGUUCCCAGGAAAUAUUAGGCUGCAUUAAGCAUGAAUGGCGUAUUUGCCCACAUUUAUAAAAGUUGCUUAAGGGCCAUUAGAGGACUGAGUUGUGGUUUGUGUUUCCUAAUGUGAGCAUUUUCCAUUCUUGAAAUGGCAGAAACCAGUAGUGGUAUUUUCUGUUUUCUAAAAGAAGUACAUGAUAAUUUUUAAGCAUAUAAUUAAUAUUGCACUAAAAUUAAAAAAAAACUACCUCUACAUACUUAAGAGUGGCAGAAUUGUCUCUGAUUAUACUGAAGAUCACCAUUUGUGUAGAUAAUGAUAUCUAACAGCCUCAAAACAGCAUACUUUCUUAGGAAGUAGAGAACUAUAGCGUUGCUACUGAGUAAAUGUUUUUUAAAAAGUUUCUAGGAGGGUCUUUAAGAGUAUCACACUGUGCCUGCUGAGAAUCAUCGAAUUAACAAGACCUGGCUUCAAAUUUAAUAGAUAAAUAAAGGUAAGUAUCCUACAUAAAUACGAUGAUAGUAAAAGGAAGAAUAUUGUAAGAGGUGCUAGAAAGGUACAUCAUAGUGUUAUUGGAAUUGGAAAAAAACUUUGCCUUUUUCCCUUGUUGAAGGAGCCAGUGAGGAGUCAUGAUGCUUUACUGGUUAUAAAAUGGAAAGAGUUUUCCCUGGGAGAAUAUGGAGACUAACAGGUAUUCUUGAGAAGAGAGUAACUUAAGUGAGUACACAGAAAAUUCCAAAUGUACCUAGAAAUGAGGAAUAGUCCACUUUGGGUAAAGCACAUAAGAGAGAUUGUCAUAUAAAGCAAGAAAAGUAAUAUUAGAAAAACCUUUUGGGUAACUUUGAGUACUAGACAAGUAAUUUUGACACUCUUCAAAGUCAUUUGAAAGCUGUCAAAAAGUGUGAAGCAAUAGGAAUAAAAAGUGUUUAAGGAAGAUGACUGCAAGGAUUAAAUGAAGGAGAAUGAAAUAAGAAUGGACAGGUUACACAAUAAAGAGCUACUGCAAUACACCAGAAGAGCAGCAAUUAUAAAAACUUAUUUAGGAAAGCAUCUGAAUACAGACAUAAUUAUUUUACAUGCCGUUGGGAACAUUGGAGUGAAACAUUCAAGAAAACGAACACAGUAAGGUAGAUCCAAAAAGGAUGAAAUACCUCAAGACUUGAUCAAAGGGCUGCUCUAUGUGAGAUGGCUGAGCACUGAAAUUCAUCUAAUGAAAUAAACUUACAUUAUAAAAGAAAUAAUACAAAUCAUAUUUGAGAUUGUAAAAAUGGCAUAUAUUAAUGGUGUUCGAAAGGAUAGAAUAAGGAAACAAAUAUAAAAUCAUGAACUCCUGAAACAGUAUAUAUAGAUUCUGCUAAAGCAAAAAAUUCAGAAUACUUCCUUCUCAAAAAGUUCACAUGAUACAAAUUCUUCCCCUUCAAAGAUUCCCCAAACCUUCCCUUAUUUUGUUUUCCCAAGAAAAGUGUCUGGAUAGUUGCUAAUGUUUCUUGCCUCCUAAAAAGAAAACACACACACACACAGACACACACACACACACACCCCUUUCUAAGUUUCUCUUUCAUCAAUCAGUAGAUUCUCGAGAUCCUGGGUCCCUAAAAGAGUACAGGAUUUUUCUUAACAAGCGAUACUGAAUCAAGAAUAUGAAGUUUCCUGGGAUCUAGAUCAAAGGAAUUUAAACUUGCAGUUGUUUAGAUUCAUGUUGUCACUUAGGUUUCUAUCUUUAUUUAAAACUGUGUGAAAAAAAGUUUUUCUAAGGCAUGAGGAAGCUACAGUUCUGGUAACACUAAGUAUUCAAAAGCCAUCAGUCGCCUAAGAAUGCUUCUAACAAUCAUGAGAAAUGCUAUUUUAACCUUUAACAACAAUGAAGAAAAAAAUUCAGAGUUUGAAAUAAAACAUUUCAUCUGAUUAAUAGUUUGUAAUUCUUACUUACAUGAUGGCCACAUGAUGUCGCUCUUUACCGCAAAUUCUUUCAUAAUCAACAAAAGGAAGUCAUUCCUUUUCGCACUGGAAAGACGCUCCACUCUCUUUCACUCUUUGGAUGCACAACAAUGGCCACACAUUGAGAUUGAAAUGAAGGGAUAAAAACAUUCCUAUAAAUUCGAAGGCAAGUUUUGCUGACUAGAAAAACAAGCCAAUAAUUAGAAAUGGUGUGCCCGAAUGGAUACGACCCAGGGGGCCGACAUCUACUGCUGUUUAUUAUAAUUCUAGCAGCUUGGGAGGCGGGGAGAGGCCAGCUCCACUACUCGGUCCCCGAGGAGGCUAAACACGGCACCUUCGUGGGCCGCAUCGCGCAGGACCUGGGGCUGGAGCUGGCGGAGCUGGUGCCGCGCCUGUUCCGGUCGGUGUGCAAAUUCCGUGGGGAUCUUCUGGAGGUAAAUCUGCAGAAUGGCAUUUUGUUUGUGAAUUCUCGGAUCGACCGCGAGGAGCUGUGCGGGCGGAGCGCGGAGUGCAGCAUCCAUCUGGAGGUGAUCAUGGACAAGCCGCUGCAGGUUUUCCAUGUGGACGUGGAGGUGAAGGACAUUAACGACAACCCUCCGGUGUUCCCAGCGACACAAAAGAAUCUGUUCAUCGCGGAAUCCAGGCCGCUUGACUCUCGGUUUCCACUAGAGGGCGCGUCCGAUGCAGAUAUCGGGGAGAACGCCCUGCUCACUUACAGACUGAGCCCCAGUGAGUAUUUCUCCCUGGACGUGCCAACCAGCAACCAGCAGGUAAGACCUCUUGGACUUGUAUUACGGAAACCUUUAGACAGAGAAGAAACUCCGGAGCUUCAUUUAUUGCUCACGGCCACCGAUGGAGGCAAACCUGAACUGACUGGCACCGUUCAGUUAAUCAUCACAGUACUGGACAUAAAUGACAAUGCCCCAGUGUUCGACAGAACCCUGUAUACGGUGAAAUUACCAGAAAACGUUUCUAUCGGAACGCUGGUGAUUCACCCCAAUGCCUCAGAUUUAGACGAAGGCUUGAAUGGGGAUAUUAUUUACUCCUUCUCCAGUGAUGUUUCUCCAGAUAUAAAAUCCAAGUUCCACAUGGACCCCAUAAGUGGGGCAAUCACAGUGACAGGACAUAUGGAUUUUGAAGAAAGUAGAGCACACAAGAUCCCAGUAGAAGCUGUCGAUAAAGGCUUCCCACCCCUGGCUGGUCAUUGUACAGUUCUUGUGGAAGUUGCAGAUGUAAAUGACAAUGCUCCACAGUUGACUCUCACUUCCCUGUCUCUCCCUAUUUCAGAGGACGCCCAACCAGGUACCGUCAUCACAUUGAUUAGCGUGUUUGACCGAGAUUUUGGAGUCAACGGACAGGUUACCUGCUCCCUGACGCCCCACGUUCCCUUCAAGUUGGUGUCCACCUUCAAGAAUUACUAUUCAGUGGUGCUGGACAGAGCUCUGGACCGCGAGAGCGUGUCGGCCUAUGAGCUGGUGGUUACCGCGCGGGACGGGGGCUCGCCUUCUCUGUGGGCCACGGCCAGCGUGUCCGUGCAGGUGGCCGACGUGAACGACAAUGCUCCGGCGUUCGCGCAGCCCGAGUACACAGUGUUCGUGAAGGAGAACAACCCGCCGGGCUGCCACAUCUUCACUGUGUCGGCGGGGGACGCGGACGCGCAGGAGAACGCGCUGGUGUCCUACUCGCUGGUGGAGCAGCGGGUGGGCGAGCGCGCGCUGUCGAGCUACGUGUCGGUGCACGCGGAGAGCGGCAAGGUGUACGCGCUGCAGCCGCUGGACCACGAGGAGCUGGAGCUGCUACAGUUCCAGGUGAGCGCUCGCGACGCGGGCGUGCCGCCUCUGGGCAGCAACGUGACGCUGCAGGUGUUCGUGCUGGAUGAGAACGACAACGCCCCGGCACUGCUGGCGCCUCGAGUGGGUGGCACUGGUGGCACUGUGAGCGAGCUGGUGCCGCGGUCUGUGGGCGCGGGCCAUGUGGUGGCGAAGGUACGUGCAGUUGACGCUGACUCAGGAUACAACGCGUGGCUUUCGUAUGAGUUGCAACCGGUGGCGGCCGGUGCGGGCAUCCCGUUCCGCGUGGGGCUGUACACUGGCGAGAUCAGCACGACACGAGCCCUAGAUGAGACGGACGCACCGCGCCACCGCCUUCUGGUGCUUGUGAAGGACCACGGGGAGCCCUCGCUGACAGCCACAGCCACCGUGCUGGUGUCGCUGGUGGAAAGCGGCCAGGCACCAAAGGCGUCGUCGCGGGCAUCGUUGGGCAUUGCAGGCCCAGAGACCGCGCUGGUGGAUGUCAACGUGUACCUGAUCAUCGCCAUCUGCGCGGUGUCCAGUCUGUUGGUGCUUACCCUGCUGCUGUACACGGCGUUGCGGUGCUCAGCGCCUUCCUCUGAGGGCGCAUGUGGUUUGGUAAAGCCCACUCUGGUGUGCGCCAGCGCGGUGGGGAGCUGGUCAUUCUCCCAGCAGAGGCGGCAGAGGGUGUGCUCUGGGGAGGGCCCACCCAAGACAGACCUCAUGGCCUUCAGUCCCAGCCUUCCUCAGGGUCCCUCCUCUGCAGAUAAUCCACGACAGCCCAACCCUGACUGGCGUUACUCUGCCUCCCUGAGAGCAGGCAUGCACAGCUCUGUGCACCUAGAGGAGGCUGGCAUUCUACGGGCUGGUCCAGGAGGGCCUGAUCAGCAGUGGCCAACAGUAUCCAGUGCAACACCAGAACCAGAGGCAGGAGAAGUGUCCCCUCCGGUCGGUGCGGGUGUCAACAGCAACAGCUGGACCUUUAAAUACGGACCAGGCAACCCCAAACAAUCCGGUCCCGGUGAGUUGCCAGACAAAUUCAUUAUCCCAGGAUCUCCUGCAAUCAUCUCCAUCCGGCAGGAGCCUACUAACAGCCAAAUUGACAAAAGUGACUUCAUAACCUUCGGCAAAAAGGAGGAGACCAAGAAAAAGAAGAAAAAGAAGAAGGGUAACAAGACCCAGGAGAAAAAAGAGAAAGGGAACAGCACGACUGACAACAGUGACCAGUGAGGUCCUCAAAUGGAAACAAGCCACUUAGCCAGUUUUUGUAAUAAUGGCAAAUCUCUCCCAUGUAGCAAUUCCCUGCUCCUUUUUCCUAUCUACAUGAGCCCUCUUAGAGACCUCAGAAAUCUGCAGAAAGUUCCCUGUGUCUGUCUAGAACGCAUUUAACAGGUUUUGUCGUAAAAGCUUUACUAAGUCUGGUGUUAACUCUUUCUCUCCACUCUGGCUUGUUUUCAGAACCUAAAAAGCAGACCCAAGUUUCCUUUCUCCUCCGCCGCAAAGGAGAGGCUUCCCAGCCCCGCCAGUGAGAGGUUGGACUCUCUGUCCUGUGCUCCGGGGAUCCUGUCUUGAUGACACUUGCAGGGCAGGCUGAAAAGUUUUGAGAUUGAGCAGCUUGGGUGUUUGUGGCCACUGGGUAUGUGUGGCUACCACGGGUAUGCGAGUGCCAGAUAUUGGCUGAGACGAGCCAGCUUAGACUAAUUGGUACAAAGAAGGCAAGAAAACAAAGACAAAUAAACAGCGGAAGUUAUCAGUGUGGAGGGGAAGUGUAAACUUAAAGGGACCAGACUUUCUAAAUCUUACAACUCAAGAGGUGGCGGCCACCCCCUAGGAGACAAAACUACCCCCACUGACAAGGCUUUAGGAGACCCUAAAGUCUGUUGGCUGUGAUGUCAUUAUACCUAAAAUCUGCAUCAUACCUGCAAGCCAACAGUUCAGUGUUUUAACAGAGAACCACCCUGGGAAACAGAAGCAGAUCUGAUGUGUUUCCUAUACAUGUCCUGUGCUCACUUUAUUAAAAAUUCUUUUGCACACAAUGUUUAUGAAAAGGCCAGAUCCUUUUCCAAUACUUAUGCAAAAGCAAAAGAAAACCCCGACACCUCACCUUUCGCUGUUUGUUGUUUCAUAGAUUUAUUUUAAAAAAACAGAAAGUCUAUAGCUAUAAAUCUUUAAAGAGAAAUAUGAAUACAAUUCCCCUAAACUCUCCUCAAAAGAGAAUUCAGUCUACAGCCAUUUAAAUGAUCAUUGCUGCUACAGAAGUGCUUUAAGAGAACUGCCUGAAACAUCUGUAUUAUAUCGGCCACCUGCCAAUCACAGCUUUACUCUUUCAGGUCACUCUGGGGCUGCCUCUUGCAUGUAUUACUAAAUAAAAUGAUCUCUGUCUCUCUCUCUCUCUCUCUUUUCUAAGAAACAAUUAUGUGCACUUUGAUACACAACCUUCUCUAACCAACUAUAUAUCAAGACCCAAAAAUUGAAGAAAAAUAUUGUUUUCUCAUACAGUGAGCAGAUUUUUCAAUCUACUAAUUCUGUGACUUGUCUUGGUGUGCUAGCCUACACCUUCUCUUUGGUUUAGUUUUCCUUUUCUAUAACACUCUGAAUUGCUAAUCUUACUAACACCUAUGAUGUUACCUGAAAUCAAUCUCCCAUAUGUAUGCUGUAUGCUAUGAUAAGACUCCUGAAAUAUACUUACUCUGUGCUUGUGUAUGUGAAUGUUAAUGCAACUAUUACCUAGAGUGAACUUUAAGCUUUAUUGUUGAAUGUAAUUCCAUUAUAUUUCCUUUUGUACACCUGUGAAAAAGUGGAGUAGUGUUUUUUUAACCAUUGUUAAUCAGCUUUUGUGUAUGAAAGACACAGUAAAAUUUCUUUCUUAAAUCAA